GCUGGUGGCGGACCCGAAGGCGGCCGCGGCGCUGGGGCUCCGUGGCUUGGAUUGAAUCCUAUCAGGAGCCAUGAGCGUGGACAAGGCCGAGCUAUGCGGGUCUCUGCUCACCUGGUUACAGACGUUCCAUGUUCCGUCUUCCUGUGCCAGCCCUCAGGACCUGAGCAGCGGCCUUGCCAUAGCCUAUGUGCUGAACCAGAUAGACCCCUCCUGGUUCAACGAGGCAUGGCUCCAGGGCAUCUCAGAAGAUCCAGGUCCCAAUUGGAAGCUGAAGGUCAGCAAUCUGAAGAUGGUCUUACAGAGCCUGGUAGAGUACUCCCAGGAUGUCCUGGCGCAUCCUGUGUCAGAAGAGCACCUCCCAGAUGUGAGCCUCAUUGGAGAGUUCUCAGACCCAGCAGAGCUCGGCAAGCUGCUUCAGCUGGUGCUGGGCUGUGCCAUCAGUUGCGAGAAAAAGCAGGAGCACAUCCAGAGAAUCAUGACGCUGGAAGAAUCGGUUCAGCAUGUGGUGAUGGAAGCCAUCCAGGAGCUCAUGACCAAAGACACUCCUGACUCCCUGUCACCAGAGACAUAUGGCAACUUUGAUAGCCAGUCCCGCAGGUACUAUUUCCUAAGUGAGGAGGCUGAGGAGGGGGAUGAGUUACAGCAGCGCUGUCUGGACCUGGAGCGGCAGCUGAUGCUCCUGUCAGAGGAGAAGCAGAGCCUGGCACAAGAGAAUGCAGUGCUGCGGGAGCGGGUGGGCCGGCCUGAAGGCGAGGGUACCCCAGGUCUCACUGCCAAGAAGCUGCUGCUGCUGCAAUCCCAGCUGGAGCAGUUGCAGGAGGAGAACUUCAGGUUGGAGAGUGGCAGAGAGGAUGAGCGCCUGCGCUGUGCCGAGCUGGAGCGGGAGGUUGCGGAGCUGCAGCACCGGAACCAGGCGCUGACCAGCCUGGCCCAGGAGGCACAGGCCCUGAAGGAUGAGAUGGAUGAGCUGCGGCAGUCCUCGGAGCGUGCUGGGCAGCUGGAGGCCACGCUAAACAGUUGCCAGCGCCGCUUGGGAGAGCUGAGGGAGCUGCGGCGGCAGGUGCGGCAGCUGGAGGAACGCAAUGCUGGCCACGCCGAGCGCACGCGGCAGCUGGAGGAUGAGCUGCGCCGAGCUGGCUCCCUGCGCGCCCAGCUGGAGGCGCAGCGGCGGCAGGUGCAGGAACUGCAGGGCCAGCGGCAGGAGGAGGCCAUGAAGGCCGAGAAAUGGCUAUUUGAAUACCGCAACCUGGAGGAAAAGUAUGAGUCGGUGACAAAGGAGAAGGAGCGGCUGUUGGCGGAGCGGGACUCCUUGCGGGAGGCCAAUGAGGAGCUGCGCUGCGCCCAGCUGCAGCCGCGGGGAUUGACCCAGGCCGACCCCUCAUUGGAUCCCACCUCCCCACCCAUGGAUAACUUAGCCGCGGAGAUCCUGCCUGCGGAGCUCAGGGAGACGCUCCUGCGGCUUCAGCUGGAGAACAAGCGACUGUGCCGGCAGGAGGCGGCCGACCGCGAGCGGCAGGAGGAGCUGCAGCGCCACCUGGAGGAGGCGAACCGCGCACGCCACGGGUUGGAGACGCAGCACCGGCUGAACCAGCAGCAGCUAUCUGAGCUGUGGGCCCAGGUGGAGGACCUUCAGAAAGCCCUGCAGGAGCAGGGGGGCAAGACUGAAGACGCCAUUUCCGUCUUGCUAAAAAGAAAGCUGGAGGAACAUUUGCAGAAGCUUCAUGAGGCAGAUCUGGAGUUGCAGAGGAAGCGGGAGUACAUUGAGGAGCUGGAGCCACCCACUGACAGCAGCACAGCCCGACGGAUCGAGGAGUUGCAGCAUAACCUGCAGAAGAAGGACGCGGACUUGCGGGCCAUGGAGGAGCGAUACCGCCGCUACGUGGACAAGGCCCGCAUGGUGAGGACACUGGGUGUUCCCACAAGUUGCCUGCCCUGGCUCCCGCCUUUUUGUGCCUCCUAUUGA